GGAGGUGAAGGAGACGGUGGCAGUCAAUGUUAUUUGAGCUGGGUCAUCAGGCCCCAGAGAUCCCCAAGUGCACGAUGCAGAAGACUGCCUACUAUGAGAACACGGGCCUUUUUGGGGGUUAUGGCUACAGCAAGGCUGCUGACACUUAUGGCUAUGGGUCCACUCAUCAGCCCUACCCACCCCCUGCUGCCCCUGCAGCCCUGGAUGCUGACUACACAGGUUCUGCUUGCUCCAUCCAGAGCUCAGCACCAAUCCGUGCCCCAGCCCACAAAAGUGGGGAGCUCAAUGGUAGCUGCAUGCGUCCAGGUGGUGGGAGUGGUCAGACUGGUGGAGGUGGUAGUCAACCCCCUGGCUUGAACACAGAUCAGCAGCCACCACCACCACCGCCUCCCCCACCACCCACACUGCCCCCAUCCUCACCUACAAAUCCUGGUGGUGCUACCCCAGGCAAGAAGGCCAAGGGUGGCCCCAAUGCCUCAGGCUCUUCCUCUGCUACUAUCAGCAAACAGAUCUUCCCCUGGAUGAAGGAAUCCCGGCAGAACUCCAAGCAGAAGAGCAAUUGUACCACUUCAGGUGAGAGCUGUGAGGACAAAAGUCCUCCCGGCCCGGCGUCCAAACGGGUUCGUACAGCUUACACAAGCGCGCAGCUGGUGGAGUUGGAGAAGGAAUUUCAUUUCAAUCGCUACCUGUGCCGCCCACGCCGGGUGGAGAUGGCCAACCUGCUCAACCUCACCGAGCGCCAGAUCAAGAUCUGGUUCCAGAACCGACGGAUGAAAUACAAGAAGGACCAGAAAGCCAAGGGCAUCAUGCACUCGCCUGUGGGUCAGUCUCCCGAGCGCAGCCCUCCGCUGAGCGGGGCUAACCACGUGGGCUACUCAGGCCAGCUCCCCCCAGUGCCGGGGCUGGGCUACGAUGCUCCCUCGCCCCCUUCCUUCGCCAAGUCCCAGCAGAACAUGUACGGCCUGGCAGCCUACACGGCGCCGCUCAGCAGUUGCCUCCCACAACAGAAGCGAUACCCAGGGCCGGAGUACGAGCACCACCCCAUGCAGAACAACGGGAGUUUUGCCAACGCCAACCUACAGGGCAGCCCGGUCUACGUCGGUGGGAACUUUGUCGACUCCAUGCCAGCCUCGGGUCCAGUCUUCAACCUGGGCCACCUCUCCCACCCCUCGUCGGCCAGCGUGGACUACAGCUGCGCCGCCCAGAUCCCGGGCAACCACCAUCAUGGACCGUGUGACCCCCACCCCACCUACACAGAUCUCACGUCUCACCAUACGUCUCAGGGAAGGAUUCAAGAAGCCCCCAAACUGACGCAUCUGUAGUGGGCCCCGGCCCUGUCGGAGGGCGCUGCAGCGGCGGACUCACGUUUGAAUUACCUCACUUUGGUUUGGGUUUGUUGUUUUUCUUUUUAAAACAUUUUUUUUGUUUGUGUGCCUGUUUUUCCCUUCUUCCUCCCCUCUCCACUCUCUUGACGUUCCCUGGUCCCUGUAACUCAAAGGGUCCACAGUCUAGUAGUGGAUGGGUCUCUCUUUCCCUAACCGCUCCUCCUUUGGGGUAACUCUCCAUAAAUCAACUAAAGGGAUCCUCUGUGAGCAUGACAGUGCAAUAUACUGCAAACCAAGGGACUAAUAAUCUGGUAAUGAUGUACUGGAAGGUAAGUCUUAGAUCAAUUAGAAUUAGCAGCGCGUCAUGCUGAGGGGUUGUAGACCAAGUGUGAGCGAUGGGAUCUUGCCUGCAUCGAAGCUUAUUUCAGAGACGUUAAUUUAUAUAAUUCCUCAGUAAUGUAAGGAUUGCAUAGUACUAAAUGAUAUGUAUUUAUUAUUUUAAGGCAGUCAUUUUGUAUCACGGAUUAUUUAUCCUCGUCUUAAUGUAUUUAUGUGUAUAUUUGUAGAGUUUAUUCAGCGUAUCUUCGGGAGAUCGAUUCAGGUCCGCGGUGGCUACGUUUCACCUAUUUAGUCUACUUGGUCUGAACCUAGUUGAGAGAGUAGUUUUGAACAGUUGUAACAGUGGCUGGUGUUUGUAGUUUAUGUGAGGAUUAAUUAAGACCGCAAAUUGUAAUUCAUUUAAUAGAGUGGCACAGAACCGUGGCUUUUCGCAAAGGCGGUUUUGCGUUGUCUGAACACACACAGCACACACCACACACGGUUUAUUAAUUUCAAGUUGUCUGGUACCAUUUGAACAAAUACUUAGAAUAAAAAAAAUACGUUUCUCA